AUGAGCACCAGUAUACAAGAUGAUACUCAAAGCGGCGAAACGCAACCUAUAGAGGUUAUCACUAAAGACGGUAUGAGGUUGAUCUCACCCUCUACUGCGCCGCCAGAAGAUGCAAGUAUCACACGCACGGAUCCAUACGAGGUGAAGCCUGCUAGAAGCUUUUACGACCUUCACCAAGUCAGGCAGGAAAUGAAACAUGCACCCUUGAAUGAAGGUCAUUUACCACCUUCAGAAAAGGUAUGGAGCUACUAUGCUGAUGAAGGUAGGAGCAGAACCCUCCGAGAUGGAUUUACGGAAUUUGUCGAUUUUGUGCAUAACAAGGGAAGCACUCAGAAGAAAAAGACUGUUGACAUACUUCGCUCGGGGCGGAGGGGAGAGGGGGAAAAUAGUGAUAUCGAUCGAGUCAUGUUCAGAUGGGGUUCAAGAGGUGAUCGAAAGAUUCUUACUGAGGAUGACCAAUCAUGGAAUCUUGUGGUAGAUAUGGGAGAAGAAUUGCAAUAUCCCCGAAGUAGAUUGAUAUCAUCUCGGGACGCUACGUUAAGUUUACCUAAUUAUACUGGACAGGGAUUAGAUUAUAGGAUGAUUCAUCAUCUACCAACUUGUCUUGCUCAAGCUUCCUCGAGAGAUGUUUUGACUAAAUUUAGGAAUCACCCAAGUACGCAAACUAUCAAAUUGACGGAUGUCGAUAGAUGGUUAGAAGAAUCUAUGGUGGAGCAUCUGCCUAAGAUCUUCCAAUGUGAAUAUAAGUCUUUGGAGGAGUAUGCAGAUUUAUCUGGAGCGAGGACUGGAGUACCUAUGCGAUGGGACAUUCUGGGAGAUGGAAUAGAAGGUACUACUUUGAUCCAUUCUAGAGCUGGAGAUGGGAAGAAGCCAGUGAUGAUGCCGGAGUUACAAUUGAGAUUCUCAAGUGCUUGGAGCGUGUUCAAGAAGGAGGAAAGAAAUGAGUGA